GCGUUGUGAAUAGUAGUUGUAACCAUGAGGAAGCUAUUGGUUGUAAUAACUUCACUUCUCGCAGCAAUAGAUGCAGAUCUGUUAGUGACCACGCACAAUGGGCAAAUCCAAGGGAAGUCCUUGAAAAUUAAAUCUGGAAAGGAAAUUAGAGCCUUCUUAGGCGUACGUUACGCAAAACCACCGAUCGGAGAAUUGCGAUUUAUGCCACCGCAGCAGUUAGGAAAAUGGAUUGGUAUACAAUAUCCAAACGGAAAUCAUCCCAUCUGCACACAAUUAGAUUUAUACACGCCGGGUAGUACGAUCCAAGGCGAAGAAGACUGUCUAUUCCUCAACAUCUACACACCAAAGGUUUCCAGUAAAUUGCUGCCGGUUAUGGUGUACAUUCACGGCGGAGGAUUCUUAUCCGGUAGCGGAAGUUCUACGUUUUACGGCCCGGAUAGUUUAAUGAACGAAGACGUGGUGCUGGUCGCAAUAAACUAUCGGUUAGGAGCGCUCGGCUUUUUGUCAACCGGGGAUGAGGUUGUUCCAGGAAACAAUGGAUUGAAAGAUCAGAACGUCGCGUUACGAUGGGUCCAAGAGCACAUUAAAUACUUCGGAGGAGAUCCAACCCAGAUCACAAUCUUUGGUGAAUCUGCCGGUGGUGCUAGUGUUCAUUUCCAUGUUAUAUCGUCUCUUAGUAAAGGUUUAUUCCACGCAGCGAUUUCUCAAAGUGGAACAUCGGUAUCCCCUUGGUCCUAUAUGUUGCCUAAGGAAGCUUACGACUUUGGUAGGAAACUGGCUACUAUUUUGGACUGCCCCACCGAAUGCAGCAAGGCAAUGAUCAAAUGUUUGCAGUCGUUCGAUGCAAAGAGAUUCCCGGAAGUGCAAGAUCAAUUUCUGUUUUGGGACAUUGAUCCGUUGGCAUUAUUCACGCCCGUCAUUGAAAUCAAACAUGAAGGAUCUUUCAUAUCUGAAUAUCCCGAAGACAUUAUCAGAGAUGGCAAAAGCAACCAAGUACCAUGGAUGACAGGAGUAACUAAAGAUGAAGGCGCUUUUCGAACGACUGGAUUGUCAGCGAAACGGCUCUUCGAUAAAUAUUAUAAAGAUUUUGAUAGGAUUGCUCCAUUCUCUUUGUUUUACGGUGGAAGAGUAUCGUCGGAAAAAGAAUACACUAAGAAAAUUCGUGAAUAUUAUUUCGGAAAGGGAUUCAGUGAAACUCAAACAAAAAAUUUAUACACAGAUCGUUUCUUUUUCGAAGGCGCAGAGAAAGCAAUCAAUCUGCAUAGGAAAUAUUCCAAAGCACCACUCUACUAUUACCUAUUUGCUUACAGAGGUGCAAAGAGCAUGAGUGCAGUAUUUGGUGAUAAAAUAAAUGACCAUGGUGUAUGUCACGCUGAUGAUUUACUUUAUCUGUUUCCAUUGGAGGAUACCUUUUUCAAUGGAGAGAAACAAACUGUGGAUGAUAAAGCGAUGACUAAAAUGUUAUCGAAACUAUGGACCAACUUUGCUAUACAUAAACAACCAACUUUGAAAGAUUCUAAUUGGUCUCACACCCACUGGAAACCUGUGCAAACCGAGGAAAAUGAAUAUUUUUACAUCGGAGGCCCGAAAGAGUUUAGAAUGGACAAACAAUUGUAUAAUGACCGUUUCAAGUUCUGGAAAGAUAUGGAAGUUUAUUUGAAAACGCACAAUCAAAGGGAUGAACUUUGAUAUCACACGAAUUUUACUGUAAUAUGUACAAUACGCAUUAUACAAUUAAAGUUAUAAA